AAGUCUGUUCCGCCUCAUUAGAAUAUACACAUCUAGAAGUUUGUUCCGCUUUCGCCCAAACGUCGGGAAGUUUUAACGGAGGGCUCAUUUUCCCUAGGCUCCUGUAUAAUUUAGGGUUUUAAAACGCUGUUGAAGACAUUCCUAUUCUGGGUAUUUUUGUUUUGCCUGUAAUUCUUUCGUCAACUGUUUGUCUGUACAUAUAUUCAAAUAAGAAAGCGUUCUACCGAAGGUGGACCCUCCUUCCGAAGAAAAUCAAUUUCAGGUACCUCAUAGCAACUAAACCCUAAUAAAUAUCUGGUUUUCACGCUUGCCGGGUUUUAGUUGGACAUGGGAUCCCUGAAUGAUUCUAUCGGUAACGCCGAUGUAAGGCAUGAUAAUGGCAAGGAUUUAAUGAGAUACAAGAUUAAAACUGAAAAUACUCUAAAUAACGGAGGCAAUGACAAUUCAAAGAGGAGAAGAGUGUGCCCUCUGCCUCUUGAAGUUGGCACUCGUGCCCAAUGCAGAUGGAGGGAUUCCAAGCUCCACCCUGUCAAAGUUAUUGAACGUCGCAGGAUUCCAUUUGGCGGACCUAAUGAUUAUGAAUAUUAUGUUCAUUACACUGAGUUCAAUAGAAGGCUUGAUGAGUGGGUGAAGAUUGAGCAACUUGAACUUGAGUCUGUAGAGACUGAUGCAGAUGAAAAAAUCGAGGACAAAGGUGGAAGCUUGAAAAUGACUCGUCACCAAAAACGCAAAAUUGAUGAAACACAUGUUGAAGAGGGUCAGGGUCAUGAGGAUUUUGAUCCUGCUAGCCUUCGAGAGCAUGAAGAGUUUACAAAAGUGAAGAACAUAGCAAAGAUUGAGCUUGGGAGGUACGAGAUUGAGACGUGGUACUUUUCACCCUUCCCUCCUGAAUACAAUCACUGUGAUAAAUUGUUCUUCUGCGAAUUUUGUCUCAACUUUAUGAAGCGGAAAGAACAACUUCAAAGACAUAUGAGAAAAUGCGACCUGAAACAUCCACCUGGAGAUGAAAUUUAUCGCAGUGGGACUCUCUCCAUGUUUGAGGUUGAUGGGAAGAAGAACAAGAUAUAUGGGCAGAACCUUUGCUAUCUGGCAAAGUUGUUCCUAGAUCACAAGACACUUUAUUAUGAUGUUGACUUGUUUCUAUUCUAUAUUCUUUGUGAAUGUGAUGAUCGAGGUUGCCAUAUGGUUGGGUAUUUUUCAAAGGAGAAACAUUCUGAUGAAGCAUAUAAUUUGGCCUGCAUUCUUACUCUUCCACCAUAUCAGAGGAAAGGAUAUGGAAAAUUUCUCAUAGCCUUUUCUUAUGAAUUAUCUAAGAAGGAAGGGAAGGUUGGAACCCCUGAGCGACCUUUGUCUGAUCUUGGGUUUUUGAGUUACAGAGGAUAUUGGACAAGGGUUCUUCUUGAUAUUUUGAAGAAACAUAGGGGUAAUAUAUCAAUCAAGGAACUAAGUGAUAUGACAGCUAUCAAGGUAGAAGAUGUUAUCAGUACGCUGCAGGUUCUAGAUCUUAUUCAGUAUCGAAAAGGACAACAUGUUAUUUGUGCCGAUCCCAAGGUUUUAGAUCGUCACUUGAAAGCUGCUGGUGUUGCUGGUUUGGAAGUUGAUGUUUCUAAGCUCAUCUGGACUCCCUACAAAGAACAAUGUGGAUAAAUUUUUAAUCUCAUUGGCAGUAAUUUCUUUUAUCAAAAUUCUUUGUGAAAAGGCAUUUUGUACAAGAAUAUCAGUUUCUUGUGCAUCCUCUUGAUGGGGAGUGUGUGAAAAUUAUUUCUGCUUAGAACAUUUGUAAUAUUGUUUCUGUUUGUCAUCUGCCAUGCUCCUAAUGUGAGGAAUGCACCUUUUGAUUUAGUGAAAGGCUAAAAGUCUGAUCUUGGCAGUAUGCGAUAGUUUGUUGUCAUUUAGGGUUGAUUUAAAUAACAUUGUAGCAUACAGAUACAUUGGUUUAGGGAAAAUUGUAUUUGCCCUUUAUUUUAACAGCGAUGAUUGAAUUCUAUUCUACUGAACAAGGAUUAAAAAGAAACGUUUCCUUUUAAAAUGAAAUUAUACGAUUCGACAGCA